GUAAGGAAUAUAAUAUGAUAGCAGCAGCAUAAACACGCCGUCUGUGCUUGCAGAGCGCUGCUUGGUGCAUCACUUUGGCCUGCAAGGGGUUAAGGUUUUUUGUAGUGGGAGGAACGUUGAGUGAGGAACUGGUAGGCCAUUGGCCGGAUUGUGGAAAGGGGCUGUACAGCCUGGAUAUAGGUGGCUAACCCACCAUUUCCUGCCUCUUUCAGUGUCUUCACGCAGGCAGUGCAAGUAUUGUUCAUUUAUUCAGUAAAUAUACUUUAAUUUUUCUUCUCUUUUUUCCUUAUCUUUUUCCUUAUCUUCUCUUUCCUAUAUUCCUACUGCUACAUUCAUCCUAUUCCUAACUUUUUUAUUCUUCUUCUUCUACUUACUGCUUGUUUUUUAUAACAUAUUGGAGGUGAUUGCUGGGUAUUCCCCCACCCCCCCUUGCUGUGACUCCUCUCCCCCCUGGACAUGUCGGGGUUACGAAACCCCCCUUCCCGUCCUGCACGCAGCGCUGGCCUCCCCGCCCGGCUGUUAGAUUCCCCUGAUGUUCCGCCGGGUCGGGGAAGCCCUGCUGCUGCGGAUGCUGUAUCUGUGAGGGAGACCAGGGCUGUGCGCGGCCGAGCUCGGCCGCCCGCCCGCGCUCCCCCACGUGUGUCCUCCCCGUCUCCUUCCCCGCUGCGAUCAGCGGCUGGCGACGGAGCUGCUGGGGCUGCCAUGGAGACCAGGGCUGUGCGCGGCCGAGCUCGGCCGCCCGCCCGCGCUCCCCCACGUGCUUCCUCCCCGUCUCCUUCCCCGCUGCAAUCAGCGGCGGGGGACGGAGCGCCGGGGAGCAGGAGAAGCCUCAGGCGGCCUGCCAGGGACGGUGUUUUACCGUCCCUGGCCCCGCCGCUUCUUACAGCGGGUGGCCGCGCGGGUCACGUGGGGCGGGGGCGGAGCUCCCGCCCGGCGGCCCGGCGGCUCUCCCCACUUCCCAACACGGCUGCCUCAGUUAAUGGGCGGGUGGGGGGUCGCGCGGCAGAUGGAUUACUGCCUGCGCGUGCGGACAACAUGGCGCACAGCAGGGGGGCCCACAUGAGGCAUACCCCCUCUGUGCCACUACCCCCCCCACCCGUGCGGUCAGCGCCCUCCCGCGUUGGGGUGGGGCGUCGCCCCCGCUCCGCGCCAGCGGGGGGGGCAUUAUCCAUUACAGAUAGUGCGGGGCCGGUCGUACGGGGGCGGCCCGCGCCCGCCCGCGGUGUGCCUGCCCGUCCGACCUCCCCUUUCGCGGUGGGGCCCGGGGCGUCGGGCCCAUCCAGGACGCCCGCCUUGGCAAGUGGCUCGGCCGCCGCCCGCGGCCGCGCGCCUCCUGGCAGACAGCGGGCGGGGUCGCGCCUGCCAGCUAAUCACCCCACUAGGGGGCGGCGUGCGCAGGCGGAUCACGACCCAGCACCCACUCCCCGCAUCCAUUUUUCAACUGCCGACGCUUCCGCGGUCAGCUCUCAGUCCGACGUCGGACUCCUCCCUUCUAGUGGCGACGACUCUCCUGUGGCCGACGCUCGGGUCGGUAGACAGUCGAGGGGUCGGCAGUCUAUACGCGGUCUGGCGCAGCCAGACGGUGGUGCCAUGAUUCCCGACAGUGAGGGAUCCUCCGGAUCCUUGCUCCCGACGGGAGGUUUGCGUACCGCACGUCGGGCGCAUGACGCGCGGAGGAGGUCCGUCCUUACUUCACCUGCCCCUGCGACUGCACCCUUGGUGGACGCCUCCGUCUUGUCCGCCAUUUGUGCCGCUGUAGUGUCAGCGGUGGCUCCCUUGUUAUCCUCCGUACCCGGGGGACUGGGGCGGCCCACCGCUUCCUUGGCGGAUAGCAUUGCGCAAUCCCUUAUUCCACUUCUGUCUACUGGGGCAACUACCCCCCCUUUUGCCCCGCUCCCGGUGGCUGCGGGACCGGAGGCGGUGCAGGGGAACAAUGUCUCUUUUGUCUCCCCAGCCACGGUAGUCGGGUCGGCAAUGGAAUCCGCCGGUGUAUCCACGAGUCGUUCGGUGGCCGGAGGCGCGGACGGCGUGCCCUCUCGAGCAGGUGAGUCUUCCUCGGACCCUGACUGGUCCAAGGGGAGCGCUAGCGGCUUGGGUUCGGGUACUCGCUCCAGCGCCUCUAGCAUAGGUAGCAGCGCAGGCAGGAUUUCCGGCAAGCGCAGUAGGCGCAGGCGUCGGGGCACAGAUUCCUCCCUUGCCUCUACUUCCUCGGAGGGUCUGUCCUCCUCAGAUGGCGGCUUGCACAGGGUGAAGCGUCGUAGACAACGCAAGCGGCGGUAUUCCACCUCGUCCGCGUCCCAAGUAUCGGUGGAAUCAGACACCGUGCACUGCGCCAAUACGGCGGUGCAACGUGGACUCAGGCCCCGGAUCCGGGACCGUAUCCGUAAGGGCCAAUAUGUGAACAUUUUUGCCCUUACCAGCGACGAUCGCAAAGCCUUGCUUUCGGCUAAGAAAAAGGGGCAGGGUAGCGAGGACACUUUGCGGUCCUACCAGAAUUGGGUCCGCUGCAUGUUGAUCUUUGCGGCGUGUUACCUAGAGACGCGCCCGGAUGAACAUAUGAACGUGGUGCGCUAUCAAUUUCUUAUACACGUUCUGUACCAUAAGUACAAAGGGUCUGCCUGGCGGCGCUACGACGAGGAUUUCCGACGCAAACAACAUGGCCGGGAGAUCUAUAACUUUGGUAAAAAAGACGUGGAAUUGUGCUCUGAACUGACACAAGGUCCGGCCGCCACAGAUGACGGCGGCUCGGCAAGACGAUGGGCAAAAAAACCUGCCUCUCGUUCUGCCGGCUUUCGCGGAGGCGCAGGGCGCGCGGGGCAUGGGAAAUGCUUCGCUUUUAAUAAUGCACAAUGCGACUUGGGGGGGCGAUGUCGUUUUCGCCACUCCUGUAUCAGAUGUGGCGGGGGCCACGGCAUUAAAGAUUGCCCCAGUCCUGGGACCGGAAGUGCUUUUGGCUCGCAGCCCCGACAGAGUCGCGCUCCCGCGGCCACCGGCGCUAGCCACAGCUCCCACCCCAAUUAGACUUUGCGCGCUCAUUCCCUGGCUGCGACGAUACCCGCGGUUGGGGGACGCCCGAUUUUUACACUCAGGUUUCGCGUCGGGUUUCCCCUUGCCGAUACAUGGACGGGUGGGUCCUGGGACGGGUACUAACCUGCGUUCGGCUCGGGAGUUUCCGGACGUGCUCCGGCACAAGGUAGGGGCGGAGGUUACCUUAGGGAGGAUGAUAGGCCCUUUCCGGGAGCCCCCCUUGCCAGACUUGGUCUUGUCCCCCGUAGGCGUAGUGCCCAAAAAGACAGCGGGCAAAUUUCGCCUCAUCCAACACCUUUCCUGUCCUGCGGGGUCCUCGGUUAAUGACGCUAUCCCUGCUGACCAGUGUAGGGUCGUUUACCUGUCCUUUGAUUCGGCCAUUGACACCGUACGGUCUUUUGGCCCAGGGGCAGUUAUGUGUAAGUUGGACAUCCAGUCUGCGUUUCGUCUCCUUCCGCUGCACCCUUCCGCCUUCAGGUUUAUGGGUUUUAAGCUGGACGAUGGGUACUACAUAGAUCGGUGCCUCCCUAUGGGUUGUUCUAUCUCUUGCGCCUACUUUGAGAGAUUCAGUUCCUUCCUCCACUGGUGUCUCCAGCAGGCAACGGGGGAACGGGGAAUUUCCCACUACUUGGACGAUUUUCUGUUUAUCGGCCCCUCAGACUCCCCUCGCUGCGUCAACCUGCUGCAGGGGGCUCUGGCCCUCUUUGCGCGCUUCGGGGUUCCGGUUGCACCAGAAAAGACGGAGGGACCCUCCGCCUCCUUGGUUUACCUCGGGAUCCAGAUUGAUACGGUCAGGGGUCUCUGUAGGCUUCCCUCGGACAAGGUGUUGCGUUUACGUGACGGUAUCAUAUAUGCGCUGUCCGCGGGCAAGCUCACUCUCAAACAGGCCCAAUCCCUAUUGGGCCUGUUUAACUUUGCUUGCAAAGUUAUCCCCAUGGGCAGGGUUUUCUGUAGAAAAUUGGAACGGGCUACCGUGGGGGUUAGACGCCCGCAUCAUUUCCUCAGGUUGUCCCUCGAAAUCCGUCGGGAUCUAAGCAUUUGGGACGAAUUUCUUGUUCGUUUCAACGGCACCUGUAUUUGGCAGGAGGCGAUCGUGUCUAGCCCGACCCUGGAGCUUUUCACGGACGCCUCCGGCGCUUUCGGGUUUGGCGCUUACUUUGCGGGUCGUUGGUGUGCCUCUCCUUGGCCGCAUGCCUGGCUUCGCAUGGGCCUCACUACGAACAUGCUGUUGCUGGAAAUUUUUCCUAUUCUGGUCGCUUUAGACUUAUGGCGCGAUGCCCUGCGUAAUAAACAUGUUGUCUUCUGGUGCGACAAUCUGGGCGUGGUUUUUGCCAUCAACCGCCAAAAAUCCACGUCCUUGCCGGUAUUGCGGGUCAUUGCGCAGAUAGUCUUGUUAUGCUUGGUCAACAACAUUACGUUGCGAGCAAAACAUGUCCCUGGCGUGCGUAACGAAAUUGCAGAUGCCCUGUCACGCGGCGAUUUGCAGCGAUUUAGGCGCUUGGCUCCUGCAGCUCUCCUCCAUGGGGAAUUAUGUCCUGCUUCUGUGUGGCAGGUCAUCCACCCGGAAUGGAGGCGUUAGCCCACAGGUCAUUGGCCCCUGCAACUUUUGCGGCCUAUCGGGCCGCCUGGGAGCGGUGGUGUCGCUUCAUCCGGGAGAGAGGCCAGUGUGGUAAGACCUCUCAUGAUUUACUUUUAGAUUACAUCUGGGUUCUGUACUCCGACGGUAUUUCGCGGGCGUCUGUUAACAGGGUUCUGGCAGGUAUCUCUUACUUUCUGCAGCUGCGGGGGGAAGCGGAUUUUACGAAGUCCUUUUUCCUCCGGCGGGUGUUGAAAGGUUGGGCUCGGGCCACCCCGCCCCUCCCGGAUACCCGCCAGCCGAUCACCGGUGCUUUGCUGAGGCGGAUUUUGGGAUCCCUACCGAGCAUUUGCUUUUCGGGAUACGAGGUUCGCCUCUUCCGGGCGGCCUUUACUAUGGCCUUCCACGGUGCGUUCAGGGUGGGUGAGCUGGUGUCCGUCUCUCGGGCUUCGGUCUCGCCCAUGCUGGAGGCCCACGUCGUCAUCCGCCCCGACGGUUUAUGGUGCAGAAUUCAGCGAUCCAAGACUGACGUAGCCGGCAGGGGGCAGUGGGUUCGAAUGGGUCCGGCUCGUGCGCGGGGCAUUUGUCCAGUUUCCGCGGCCCGGGCAUAUUCGUCCAUACGGCCUCCAACGCCCACCGGGUGGCUCGUCCACUGUGACGGCGCCCCGUUGACCAGAUAUCAAUUCCGGUCGGUUUUGGGGCGUUGUAUUUUGUACCUGGGUCUAUCUCCGGCCGACUAUGGGACUCACUCUUUCCGCAUCGGCGCUGCUUCAGCUGCCGCUGCGGCGGGUUGGUCCGAGGUCGAAGUCCGGGCACUGGGUAGGUGGAGGUCUGGUGCAGUCAGACGCUAUAUCAGGCCUUUUCCUCCCAGUGCGCCCCUUUGAGGACUAGCCGCUCGUCGCAGUUGCACUUUGUGAUUGCGGGGGCCUUGAGGAAUUUUUGUUUUAUCGUUGGUUUUAAUUUCGGCUUUUGCCGGCUAGCGAAGUUUCGUUUUUGCCUCAAGUCAAAUUGGGCGGCCCCCCCCCCCCCCCACACUCCCCCCCCGUUAGGGCUGCAGUCAGGUUUCUCAUUUACAUACCUUAUGUAUAUCAUUCCUAACCUUAGCACACCUUAUUUUGCAGGGCGGCGGUUAGAUCCGCACUUUCUAUGGUUUGUCGGCCAUUCCUACAUCUACUGGCUGUCCGUGUCGGCUCUGGCUUGCGACACCGCCCGGUUUCCGGAGCUGCAGGCUGUGCGCUGGUUGGGGCGUAGAGGCCUCCGCUGGGAUGGCCUGCGGGACUGGCUUCGGGCGGCAGUUGGCCGAUUUGGGUACCCCCUGAUUUUGGUCUUGCAUCGGGGGGCAAUGAUCUGGUACGCCGCUCUGGGCUCGACAUUCGCCUCGAAAUCAGGUGCCAGCUACUGGAACUCAUGGCUGACUGGCCGUUUUGCCUCAUCCUCUGGUCGGACAUCGUUCCUCGGCGGUCUUGGCGCGGAGCCUUUAACCCCGGGGCGAUUGACCUGGUUCGGAGGAGGGUCAAUUCGGUCGUUGGUCGUGCUGUCCUCCAGCAUGGCGGGCUGGUUGUGCCGCACGGUGGCAUUUCCUACCGUGACCCGACACAAUACCGGUCUGACGGGGUGCAUUUGUCCCCGGCUGGCAUGCUUAUCUUCCUGGAGGACAUUAUUUACAUUCUUAGGUCCCUAUAGAUAGCUCUUUUCUGUUCAUAGUUCAUUAAGUCUCUCUAGUUAGUUUUUUCUGUUUUUGUUGUGUGGGUUUUUAGUUCGGUGGCGGUGGCAGGUUUGUAACCUGGCAGUUGGCCGGUUUUCAGAACGGUUACUUAAGUUUAAUGAUGAGUUCACAGUUAGUCAGUUUGGGUGUAUUUAUAGGUAAUUUAUAUCUUUUAGAAUUAGUUUACGGGCAUCAUUUUCACAAGUGGGCCCAUAUAAUUAGUAUAAAACAUAUGUGGAUGUCGGGGCCGGUGGCCCAACUUUUAUCCCGUAGGGGCGGAGCGUACCUCCGUCCCUGCAACCGUUGGGGGACAGGGGUAGUGGCAGAAGGUCGACCCCUGUCCUUGGAUUUUUGAUUCUCGAUGUCUGGGAUGGAGGCAGCAGGCCGAUCCCGGAACAUCUGGGGCAGGAGGCUCCCUAACACAUAUGUUUUUUACUGCUUGUUUUUUAUAAUGUUUAUCACCCAUGUUACAUUUAUUAUGUUUAACCGUUCUUCUCCUCGCCACCUUUAGUUAGAGAGGGAAGUCUGCAUUUUAGUUUUAGUAUUUAAUAGGCCUCCCUCUCAGUCAGAAAAUAAAAGCUGACCCCUUUCACGCCAACUACAGUUGUGGUGUCUUUAUUUCAUAAGAUAAGUGUGCUUGAGUGGCGCGUGGAAGCAUCUGACGUGUGAGGUUUAAGACUGCGUAAGGAAUAUAAUAUGAUAGCAGCAGCAUAAACACGCCGUCUGUGCUUGCAGAGCGCUGCUUGGUGCAUCACUUUGGCCUGCAAGGGGUUAAGGUUUUUUGUAGUGGGAGGAACGUUGAGUGAGGAACUGGUAGGCCAUUGGCCGGAUUGUGGAAAGGGGCUGUACAGCCUGGAUAUAGGUGGCUAACCCACCAUUUCCUGCCUCUUUCAGUGUCUUCACGCAGCCCGCCCUCCCGCCCCCAAAAAAACCGGAACAGAGUUGGUUUUGGUUUUACUAUGGGGUUCUUUGUGUCGGCUUUCGGUGGCCGGUUUUCAGAACGGUUACUUAAGUUUAAUGAUGAGUUCACAGUUAGUCAGUUUGGGUGUAUUUAUAGGUAAUUUAUAUCUUUUAGAAUUAGUUUACGGGCAUCAUUUUCACAAGUGGGCCCAUAUAAUUAGUAUAAAACAUAUGUGGAUGUCGGGGCCGGUGGCCCAACUUUUAUCCCGUAGGGGCGGAGCGUACCUCCGUCCCUGCAACCGUUGGGGGACAGGGGUAGUGGCAGAAGGUCGACCCCUGUCCUUGGAUUUUUGAUUCUCGAUGUCUGGGAUGGAGGCAGCAGGCCGAUCCCGGAACAUCUGGGGCAGGAGGCUCCCUAACACAUAUGUUUUUUACUGCUUGUUUUUUAUAAUGUUUAUCACCCAUGUUACAUUUAUUAUGUUUAACCGUUCUUCUCCUCGCCACCUUUAGUUAGAGAGGGAAGUCUGCAUUUUAGUUUUAGUAUUUAAUAGGCCUCCCUCUCAGUCAGAAAAUAAAAGCUGACCCCUUUCACGCCAA